UUAACAUAAGUAUCCUUUCGUCUAGAAAGAAUGAUAAGAAAUAUGUCAUUAACUUGCUUGAGUUUGAUAUUGAGGCAGUAUCGUGGCACAGCUCAGAAGUUUUUUUCAACUACAACAAGCUUACCAAAUACUUGGAAACUUGGGAAAUUAAAUCAUGUUGCUAUUGCAGUAGCAGAUUUGAAGAAGUCAACAAAGAUGUAUCGUGACGUGUUGGGUGCAAAGGUUAGUGAACCAGAGCCUCAACACAACCAUGGUGUGUACACUGUUUUUGUUGAGCUUGGUGAUACAAAAAUUGAACUUUUAUAUCCUUUGGGUGAUAAGAGUCCUAUUGAGAGUUUUUUAAAAAAGAACCCAGCUGGUGGUAUACAUCACAUUUGUCUUAAUGUAAGUGAUGUGCGAAAAGCAAUGAAAACUGCAAAAGAAAAUGGCAUUCGUGUACUUGACAAUGAACCGAAAAUUGGAGCUCAUGGAAAACCUGUUGUUUUUCUACAUCCAAAAGAUUGUGGUGGAGUUUUGACUGAAUUGGAAGAAGAAUAAAGAUUAUCUAUAUUCACAUGCUGUCUUGAAAUUGCAUGUUAUGUUUAAAAAACUUCUUUUAUCUAUGCUUUAGAAAAAUAAAAAGCAUAGGAUUUAUGAUAACAACAAAAUUAAAAAAAAAAAUAGAUUAAAAAACAGAAGAAUAGUGGCAAGGUUAUACACUUUUUGAAGUGCCUUUAAAUUUUUUAUUUAAUAUAAUACUAAGUUUCCACUUCUUGUGCAACAUAUGUAACACCAUUAUUUUUUAGAAUUUUUUCCCAUUCUGAAUUUGUUUUUGCUAUUGUGAAAAUAAUUUUUGAUUUAAAGGAUGCAGAA